CACUUUUAAGUAAAAUAAGCCCAAAGAAUUAGUUAUGGAUAUAAUUAUAUAUAUCCAUAUAAUUAUGGAUGUGAAUAUUAAAUAUUAUCAAGAGUGUGACGUUGAUGAUGAUGACGUCAACCCCAUCCAACAAAAAAAAGAAGACAUUGGGCUUCUGUUAUAAAUUCAUACUGUAGUUCGACUACAUCAAGCAAAGUUACUACUGCCUCUUAGCCAGACCAACACCACAUACAAUCGGCUAAAGUCUACCAACAUUUUGAUAUUCCUUUCCUUACCAAUGCAGGUGUGAAUAAUUCUGAAACUAUGUUCCUAACUAACUAAGUCUUUUCAUAGUUGUAAUCAGUCAACUCUUUCACAGCUACCUUACUAACAUCGUCCUACAAAAGACUUGGAAGGAUUUGAACUUCACACAAAACAUGUGAGGAUUCCAGCGUUGAAACAUUUUCUUCCCCUGAAGAACUCUCAAUCCUUUGGUUGGUCAAAUGGAAAAUGGUUCCCAUCCAUUUUAUUUUAACCUCACUGCAUUUGGAAACAUUGGAUACUACCGCUAUCCAGCGUUUAUCUUUUGUUUUCUUCUGUAUUCAGUUAUUGUGUUCGCUAAUGUCAUAAUCAUACUGGUUAUCUCAAGAGAGAAAUCGCUGCAUCAGCCCAUGUAUAUUUUGAUUUUGUGUCUCUGCAUCAAUUCUCUAUAUGGAUCAGCUGGCUUUUUCCCCAGGUUCCUGAUAGACCUUCUAUCCGACACUCAUGCCAUUUCCCUUCCGGCUUGUUUCACUCAGAUCUUCUUUAUUUAUUCAUAUGCAACAUUUGAAUUGACCAUGAUGAGUGCCAUAGCGUAUGAUAGGUAUGUGGCUGUUUGUCACCCCUUGCAUUACCACAACAAGAUGACAGCAAACAAGGUGAUUACAAUUGUAGCCGCAGCGUAUAUCUAUCCCGUAUGCGUUCUGUCCCCAUCUGCCUGUCUGUCUUUUACAACUCCCCUGUGUGGUAAUAAUAUACCAAAGGUAUUCUGCGCAAAUUGGCUUGUUUUAAAGCUGUCCUGUGUAACAACUUUUAUCAAUAACGUGGUUGGACUUUUUCUUUCAGGUACUAUAUUUGCACCAUUACUUUUUGUUGCAUAUACCUACCUGCGCAUUCUUCUUAUUUGUAGAAAAGGCACCUCAGAGUCUAGGCUCAAAGUCUUACAGAGCUGCUUGCCACAUAUAGUUACUUUUGCUAAUUUUGCUGUCUCAAUGUUUUGUGAUGUUGUCCUGAGUCGGUUUAAUAUAGAAGAAUUUAGUCCAUUUGCAGCAAUAGUUAUAUCACUUGAGUUUGUUGUGAUUCCCCCAAUUGUGAACCCUCUUAUGUAUGGGAUUAAGCUACAAGAGAUUAAAAAAAAUAUUCUUAAAAUAUUAUGCCUUACAACAGCAAAUAUUAACCUAGGUUUUAUUGAUAGUUUUGGACAUUAG